UUCUGAGAGCAAUUUGUAUAUACUUGUGUUUCUCUGGAGUUGGUUGCCAGUGCCCUUUCUGGUUUUGUUGUAUUUUAUGACAAAACCUUCUCUACAUAGCAAAUGUUUAGCAGGUUCACUGGAGUGGUUCUGGAUGGUCUCCGGUGGAAUGAUCAAACAAUUUCUUUGUGAUGUGCAGUGGGGUGAAAUUGACUACCUUAUUGUGGAUACACCUCCAGGGAAAAGUUGUGAUAAAGGCCAAUCUUUUUGGUCUGAAAUACCUGAGUCCCCAGCUACUUCAUCUUACAGGAAUAUCAUCCAAAGGAUUCAAGAAUAUUGUGGCCUACACCACUCACAAGAAAAAUUAUCUAACCAAGGAAUGGAAUAAAUGUGCAGUUAAUUACAAGAAAGCAACUAUUGUGUCCUGAAUUGAUAAAAAGAAUGUAAAGACUUGUACUCCUUUUCUGUAUUACAAAUAAAUAACUUUUAAGUUAAUGUCCUUGCUUUAAUUACCUGUUCUUAUUGUGUGCAAUCACCAUAAUAUCUGAACACCAGCUAGUCCAUCUGCUGUCUCAAAGCUUUAUUAUAAGUUUAUAGAAAUAAGUCACUUACUGCAUGUAGAUUUCACCUCUGAUGCACUAUUUUGUGAUACCUGAAAUCUUGCAUAUGUCAUUAGUGAAAUAA